AUGGCGCACGAUGACGAGGUGGAGCCACCUCCGUUGCUGCUAAGGGAGGCCCUAGCUGAGGCGAGGCGAAGGAAAAUCGACGUCAUUAUCGGAACCGAUGCAAAUUCCCAUCAUACUUGCUGGGGAAGUUCGGAUAUCAACUCAAGAGAAACAUUUAAUGAUGCAAGAAUAUUAGUGCAUGAUAAUAGACGUAUAAUAAAUAAAACUAACUGGUCAAAAAUAUCAAAAUUGUUGAUCAAAUUACGUUCAAAUUUAUAUAACGUCAAAGAAAAGUAUCAGCUAGAUAUUUUCAUUCCAACAGUGUUAAAUUCACCAUUAACACUACAUGGAGAAGAAGAUCAGAAAUCAGUUGAAACAGAUUUAGAUUCAGAUCCUGAAUCAAACGAAGAAACUGACAUAAAAGAAAACGACCUAAAAGAUCUUACAAUUCCUGCACAAAUCACUUUAUCUGAAGAAGAUAAUGAGAUAGAACAGGAAGAAGGAUUGAAUUCUAGCACAAGCUCAGCAGACACAGAAGAAUACAUCAUGACAGAUGUAAACGCCCAAAGGGCAUACAUAAAGGACAUAUCGAAUGCCAUUCCAGAAUUCAAUGGACAGAAAAUACAUCUUCAAAGAUUUGUAACAGCUUUAAAGUUAAUAAAUCUGACAAAAGGCACAUUCGAAGAAAUAGCUGUUGAGGUCAUUAAGUCAAAAAUUGUUGGCUCAACUCUAUACAAAGUCCAAAAAGAACCGACAAUUAAUGCAAUAAUCCAAAAAUUGCAAGAUACUAUAGUCGGUGAAACAUCCGACGUAGUAAAAGCCAAAUUGUCUAAAACAAUGCAAAAAGGGAAAACUGCCGAAAAAUUCACGACAGAAAUUGACAAUUUACGAAAACUUUUGGAAGCUUCGUAUAUUGACGAAGGCCUAUCAGCCGAACAUGCUGACAAAUUCAGCACUAAAGAAGCCAUUAACGCAAUGGUUAAAAAUUGUGAACACGGAAAGUUAAAAACAAUCCUCGAGGCAGGCAAUUUCAAAACAAUGGAUGAAGCCGUCACAAAGUAUAUACAGUGUAGUACCGAAAUGACAGGCAAUCCCAAUUCAAUAUUGCUCGCCCAAAGGGGCCGUGGUAAUUAUAACAACAGGAAUAAUUAUCGCGGUAGAGGCAAUGGUAGAGGCAAUGGUCGAGGUUAUUAUAAUAAUAAUAAUUAUAAUAACAACAACCGCAAUAAUGGCCAGAAUAAUAAUUACCAAUAUAAUAAUUAUAGAGGUAAUAAUAGAGGAAACAACAGAGUCAACCAUAGAGGAAAUAACCACCAAAAUGGAGGUUAUAACCAAAACAGUAACAUUAAUGUAAGGGUGACCCAAAACGCUUCGGGAAACUCCCAACAGCCUUUAGAUACUCAGCAGUAA